ACAUUGAGUUGAGCCAUGAUCCUGAACGCGCUAGGACCUCGCUACACGCAACUGGCCAAAAGCUGGGCUCCGACGCUGGUCACAUGGGGCUCGGUGGGAGCUGUCGGGCUGAUCUGGGCUACGGACUGGCGGCUUUUCCUGGAUUAUGUUCCAUAUAUCAGCGGCAAGUUUAAGCAGGAAAAAUGAUCCGUGCAGAAGUAUCACUGACUUUUAGGAUUCCUACGAUUGGAGACACACAUGUGAACGCUGGAUGCCAAGACUCUUGUGCGGCCCUGUACUAGUUUCGUCCAUGUAAACCGAUACAAGUUAUUUAUAAAGAAACUUCUCUUGCACUAUUCCUAAUAAAACAGUUUGGUUGAGA